AUGUCGAAGCUCACAAAUAGCCCCAGAUUCGCGUCGAAACUCCUGUCCAGCUCGAAAAUGCCUGCGUUUACUAUAUAUGGCUCUCGCGGUUCGACCAACACCGAUCGUGUCCGUCUGACUCUCGCCGAAGGUGGCUUCACGGAUUACGAACUCGUGCUUCUCAACCUUCAAAAGGGGGAGCAAAAGUCCGCAGAACACAAGAAACGUCACCCAUGGGGGAAAAUACCCGUACUUGUUUCCGCCGAGGGGUUCACUCUCUACGAGAGUCGCGCAAUCUGCAAAUACCUUGCAACCAAGUACCGCUUUCCACUUCUACCCCCCGACUCCGACAUCGAAGCUGCGGCGCUGUUCGACCAGGCCCAGUGCGCAGAAAUGACGUACUUUGAAGAGCCUGCAGGUAGAAUCGCAUUUGAGAAAUUUGCCAAAAAAUUCAUAGGGCUACCUCCGGAUGACGCUGCCGUCUCAGAUGCAUUGCGGUCGGUCGAGCUAUUUUUUGACGUUGCGGAACGUCUCUUACUCCAGAAAGACUACAUGGCUGGAAACAACUUUACUCUCGUAGAUAUCUACUACAUUCCGCUGAUCCAAAGACUUUUUGCAUGCGGGUAUGGAGAUAUCAUUGCUAGUCGCGAAGCUGUGAGUGCUUGGUGGGACCGCUGCGUGAACCGGCUCGCCAUAAAGAGGCUGUUGGCUGCUGACAAGGAGGCUGCGCUUGCUGCCAGCAGAUAA